AGUCCAUACUAUCCGCUGCAACAACCAUACAUUGAGCUUCCAACAAUCUCACACAAUGGCUGGUCACGGUCCUGCAGGCCACGGCGGCCACCCCAUCCACGUUCACCCUGUGCGCCCUCUCUACCGCUUCUUUGCUACCGGCCUCGGCGCUAGCAUGUGGUUCUUCUUGAUGUACCGCGCCAAGAAGGACGGCGCUGCGCUCAUGGGCUGGAAGCACCCUUGGGACCACUGAGGGCAACACGGAGAGCCACGGCGCUUCUUCAAGGACCCGAUCUGGUGCUUUCAAAUUAUAUCCGGCAUUGUACAUACGAACAAACAGACUUUGGGACUAGAUGAUGCUCCACCCAGAAUCGCCAUCGGGAAUACCUGCGACCCAUUCUGUACCAUUCCAAUUAUUUGCGCGCGAAACACCAUUGUCCGAUCAUGAUCAUGGAAAGAGCCUAACAACGUGACCUGAGACGUGUCAAACAUCCAGCCAAUUAGCAAGCAGCUAUUACUACACGACGCUUCUUCACUCCUAUUUCGCUUCUUGGUAGGGCAUUGGGCGAAACUCGGUCAUCUGUUCAUUCUCUCAAUCGAUUCAUUUGAUUUAUUUAAUUCA